AUGAAUUACGCGGCCAUCCUUGGGCGAGCAGCCUGCGGAUGGCCGUGCAAUAAAGACCAGUUUCUUCAUGAUGAAGUUCCAUCUUCAGUGUCUCAACUUGCAACAAAGGUUCAAGGUGCAAGUUUCCGGGGUUGGAAGGAAGUGACAUCUAUGUUCAAUAAAGAUGAUGAACAGCAAUUGCUGGCCGGAUGCAAGUCUCCAAAAUCCAAAGGAACAAACCUAAAAUUAAAGGAAGAGAUGAAGUCAGAAAAGAAGCCGGGUUUUUGGGACAGUUUGGUGAUAAAGCAGAACGUCCAGUCUAGGAAACCAGAUGAGAUUGAGGGCUGGGAACCACCACAGAUUACUGCUGCUGAUUCUGCCAGUGAUGCAGCAACUGCUUUAAGUGACUAUUCAGCCUGGUCAGGCUGGGAGGAUGAAACCAAAGGCUCCACAAAGUACACGAACCUGGCCAGCUCAGGAAACAGUUCCAGGUGGAGUAUCAAAUCAGCUGGGAAGCUGGUUAGUAUUAGACGUCAGAGCAAAGGUAACCUUACUGACAACUGGGAAGAACUGGAAUGAUGCUGGUGAUGUGAAAUACUUUGUAGGUAAGAAGAGAAAGGUUCCAUGAUUUACUUGUAUGUUUAAACCAAAAUCAAAUCUGCUCAAUAUUGCACCUUUAUACAGUACUUUGUUUUAUUCUGAUUGUUACAAAUUUUUGCUCACCUGAUAGUAAAUUUUCUUAUUACAUUGUUAAAUAGCUAUGUUUUCCACACUAAAAAAAAAAAGUAGAGAAUCUAUUUUGUGCCUAUAUUUCACAUUCAGACUCUGUGGUUUGUUUGAUUGUUGGUUUUACC